AUGCCUGUUGUACAGAGAGCUGGGGGUGGAGGAUCUGUGAUAGUGAAGUCCCCUCUGAACCGCGAGCUGGUUGCUACCUAUGAGGUCACGCUCUCAGUAAUCGACAAUGCCAGCGACCUCCCAGAGCGUUCUGUCAGUGUGCCAAACGCCAAGCUCACAGUCAACAUCCUGGAUGUCAAUGACAACACACCGCAGUUCAAGCCCUUUGGAAUCACCUACUACACAGAGCGGGUCCUGGAGGGGGCCACCCCAGGCACAACGCUCAUUGCUGUGGCUGCCGUUGAUCCCGACAAGGGCCUCAACGGGCUGAUCACCUACACCUUGCUGGACCUCAUACCCCCAGGCUAUGUCCAGCUCGAAGACUCUUCAGCAGGGAAGGUCAUCGCCAACUGUACGGUGGACUACGAGGAGGUGCACUGGCUUAACUUCACCGUGAGGGCCUCAGACAAUGGGUCCCCACCCCGGGCAGCUGAGAUCCCUGUCUACCUGGAAAUUGUAGACAUUAAUGACAACAACCCCAUCUUUGAUCAGCUCUCCUACCAGGAGGCUGUUUUUGAGGAUGUAGCUGUGGACACGGUCAUCCUGAGGGUUACAGCUACGGAUGCUGACUCAGGCAACUUCGCUCUCAUCGAGUACAGCCUGGUGGAUGGAGAGGGCAAAUUUGCCAUCAACCCCAACACUGGUGACAUCUAUGUGCUGUCCUCUCUGGACCGAGAGAAGAAGGAUCACUACAUCCUAACUGCUUUGGCCAAAGACAACCCUGGCGAUGUGGCCAGUAACCGUCGCGAGAACUCGGUGCAGGUGGUGAUCCGAGUACUUGAUGUCAAUGACUGUCGGCCUCAGUUCUCCAAGCCACAGUUCAGCACGAGUGUGUAUGAGAAUGAGCCAGCAGGUACCUCAGUCAUCACCAUGCUGGCCACUGACCAGGACGAGGGCUCUAAUGGCCAGCUGACCUACUCUCUCGAGGGUCCCGGAAUGGAGGCUUUCUCUGUGGACAUGGACUCGGGCCUGGUGACCACGCAGCGGCCGCUACAGUCCUAUGAGAGGUUCAACCUGACUGUAGUGGCUACAGAUGGUGGGGAGCCCCCACUCUGGGGCACCACAAUGCUCCUAGUGGAAGUCAUCGAUGUCAAUGACAACCGCCCCGUCUUCGUGCGCCCGCCCAAUGGCACCAUUCUGCACAUCAAAGAGGAGAUCCCGCUACGUUCCAAUGUGUAUGAAGUCUAUGCUACAGACAAGGAUGAAGGCCUCAACGGGGCAGUACGCUACAGCUUCCUGAAGUCAACAGGCAACCGUGACUGGGAGUACUUCACCAUCGACCCAAUUAGUGGCCUCAUCCAGACAGCGCAGCGCCUGGACCGUGAGAAGCAGGCAGUGUACAGUCUCAUCUUGGUGGCCAGCGACCUGGGCCAGCCAGUGCCAUACGAGACGAUGCAGCCAUUGCAGGUGGCCCUGGAGGACAUCGAUGACAAUGAGCCCCUCUUUGUGAGGCCUCCUAAGGGAAGCCCUCAGUACCAACUGCUAACGGUGCCUGAACACUCCCCCCGAGGCACCCUUGUGGGCAACGUGACAGGCGCGGUGGACGCAGAUGAAGGUCCCAAUGCCAUUGUGUACUACUUCAUUGCAGCUGGUAACGAGGACAAGAAUUUCCACCUUCAACCUGACGGACGCCUGCUAGUGCUUAGAGACCUGGAUCGGGAGACGGAAGCCAUCUUCUCCUUCAUUGUCAAGGCGUCCAGCAAUCGCAGCUGGACCCCUCCCCGAGGACCCUCCCCAGCCCUCGAUCUGCUGACCGAUCUCACCCUGCAGGAGGUGCGCGUUGUGCUGGAGGACAUCAAUGACCAACCGCCACGCUUCACCAAGGCUGAGAGUGGCCACCGACGCCAAGGUAGGCUCGGAGUUGAUCCAGGUGCUGGCCCUGGACGCGGACAUCGGCAACAACAGCCUGGUCUUCUAUGGCAUUCUGGCUAUCCACUACUUCCGGGCCCUGGCCAAUGACUCCGAGGAUGUGGGUCAGGUCUUCACCAUGGGGAGUGUGGACGGCAUCCUGCGUACCUUUGACCUCUUCAUGGCCUACAGCCCUGGCUACUUUGUGGUAGACAUCGUGGCCCGAGACCU